CACGUUUAGUGCCAGAACAAUGUCUGGAAUCACAGAACUGUUCUUUGACUGACAGCUGAUGAUGUUGGGACAGAAACAACAAGAUGGCCUUAGAGCAAUCAGAGUAGAGAGUUUUAUAGGUCAGGUAUUUCAGCUUCGUUAGAGCCCAGGAAGUAUACAUUAACGGCAAAGAUCGUUUCAAGUUGAUAUACUGUUAUCUCCAUGACCCGAGAAAUAGUACAUUUCAUACAAAGUAACUGGAGUUCGCAAUGUGAAUUAAACAAACUGUUUGCUCUGUCUUGCCGCCAUACUAGUAAGACUCUCUAGUCAAGAUCAUAUGAUCAUAUUUGUAUAUUAAAAAAGACAAUCACUUUAAGGAAGGGGACGAGAAUAAAGAGCUAGUAGAUAGUCGUGCACACAAUCACUACCCGGCAAUGUUCGUGGCGAUUGAAGAGGUCAGUUUGUGCCGUCGAAGUGAGUACUGACAAGGAAGGCGUAUUCGAAUUGAAUUGACUACUAAUGUCAAGAGACUUCAUCUAGAUAACUAAGACAUGACGUCAGAAGAAUCAACAGACAGCCGCACCAGUAGUCCGGAGUUCAAGGCCUGUUCGUCCCCAAGGCUGACCACUUCCAGCAUCAUGAAAGCAAACUCAGCCGUCCGGUCGUCUACGUCUUCAAGACUUUCUUUCUCCAUCGACAGCAUUCUGUCCGUCCCUUACGUGGCGACCGCCACGAGCGCCUCUAGUUCCGAACAAGAAAGGCCCACAACUUCAAACGCAACCAAAGACUCUGACAGACUGAGCUAUCUCGCGCGAGCCGAGGCCGCUCACCAUUCAGACAGACACAGGGACGCUCGCGUCACUGACUCGAAAGGGUCGGAUUGCGAGUCCGAGAGAAAAGGAAAAUGUGAUAACGGAAAAAAAGUAGAUAAAGACGAGAAUGACAAUAACGAAAGACUGAGUCGCAAAACGCAACCUGUCAACAAACCAGCCGAUAACGAUGAGGACGACUCAACAGAUGUCGACAUGGACGAGGAAGACACACACCCCGAGAAAAGGCUCAAAAAGGUUUCUCCCUACGAGACAGCCAUUUCAAACGUUCGACUGUCAGACUUCGUUCUCGGGGCGUCGCCUGCGGACAUGGUCAGAAAGUUUGGCUUCGGUGCCAGCUCAUCAGCGCUCGGGAAGGCCAUGUUUGACCACAAUGCUUCUCAGCAGUACAGGAGAUACAUAGGAGGAUUUCCGACACCUUCCGCAGCGUUCCCGCCCGCCAGCAACGGCAGUGGUCCAGGAAUGGAUGCCUGUCAUGCUCUUGAUUACAGCCUUGACCUCUCAAUGUCACAUUCCAAGAGGAGACGCCCUCUGCCUCCAUGGGAACGCAUCAACGCAAGCUCGCCCCACUCGGAAAACGAGUACAGCCUGGAUAUGACGUCUAUGUGCGCACGUGACCAGCAAGUGGACAGUGAUUGUGGUGAAGGCUCUUUCUCAUCCAGUACCGGCAAAAAAUCUUCACAAGAUGAGAGUGCCAGGAUCAAGAGGAAGAGGUGCAGAGCCUCCUUUACCCACGCCCAGGUGUACGAACUAGAGAGGCGAUUUCGUCAUCAGAGGUACCUGUCAGGACCUGAGAGGGCGGAGCUAGCCCAGUCUUUGAAGUUGACAGAAACACAGGUCAAGAUUUGGUUCCAGAACAGACGCUACAAGACUAAAAAGCGACACCAGCUCCACGAGGAGCAGAUGCUGGCGGCCAGCGCGAAGAAGGCGGCCGUGACCUUGCUGGUGAAGGACGGCAAACGACUGUGUGACCAGAGGGACUACAUGAACUCACUUCUGUACUCUCAGCUGCCAGGUGUGACGGCCCCUGGAUACAACUACGUGUACUAUUUUUAGAAACACUUUUUAUUUUGUUUGCCCCAAUACUUACCAGAAGUGUAAGAUUACAGAACGAUGUGAUGACUCUGUGCCAUGGUUGUGAGGUAUUCAUUCGGGACUACCUUAGAAUGGUGCAAAGUGACUAAGCAUCUGCAUCAUGCGACUAAAAGCUGGACUAGAAUAAAUUUCAAAAUCGCUUUGUGACUAAUGAAAAAUUUUCAAAAACGUUUGAGUCAGCUGUAAUUUUGGAGACAUUCUGUUGUUAAUGAGUUAACUCUGUGUUUAGAGGUGGUCAAUGAAAUAUAGUGUUACAAAGGGAAGUACUGAUAGACGUACGUUUAUGAAAUGCCAGCUUUGAAUUGAGUGUUCUAGUUGGCUUCAUGAACAGUCAUACAUGUGAUAUAGUCUGAGAAGAGGUUCGGAAGUGCAAGAGAGUGAGAUUUUGGUAGUGUGAACAUGAACUGGUCUUAGGUUGCUAAAUUUUGAGAUGGAGAUCCUUAAAAUAGGCUAGUGAAAGAAAGGUCAUACAAUGGACAUAUAUAUAAGGAGCUGAAUGAGGCUUGUGGCUGCCAUAACUGACCCAAUUACUAAGAAUAAAGUUUUGUAUGCCCGGUUUCUGCUUUUCUUUAUGAUUUGCUGAAGUUAGUUAUGACAAGAAAUGUUGUUUUAUUUUAACUGUGUGAACUUUUUGCAUAAUGUUACAUUUUAGUUGAACCUAAAUGUAUUCGUCAACUAUUUGAUGCGUCCAUUUGGUCUGUUAUGUCAAUGUGUGCUGUAGUUUAUGUUUUACUCUGUUGUGAUACUGGAAGGUGGGUGGGUGUAGUUAGGCCCUGGAAAUGCUUCCUUGCCGGAGCCCGUUUGGAAACCAUCGAUAAUGGCGACGACUAGGCCAAUAGGAUGCAAAACCAGACUUCUAAUUGGGAGCCUAAAAAAUUUGUUUAUUUCUCUGGCGCAAGAUGAGUCCCAAGAACCCUAUCACAAUCCAUACGCCGUUCCUAGAGGGGUCGUUCCUCGACCACUGUGGUACAAAGAAAGUAAAUGCUGAGUUUUUGACGGGUGCUCGGCCUUCGGCCUCUCCUCUAGUCUUGAGACACAAGCCACCGGAAACAGAGAUGUGAUUUGUUUGCAUCGGCUUGGAUCUCUCCCAGACAGAAUAAUUGUUCCGGCUACUAUGGUAGAGUGAGCUUCCUUCCCGAACGCAACUCUUACGACCAUUAAAAUGUGGUAUAGUUAUGGUGUGACAGUCGUUGAAUAUUUGGCAAUAUUUGUAUCAUAUAUGUUCAGCGUGAAGCAGUAAUUGUGGCAUAUGUUCAAGAUGAGCUAAAGUGUUUAAUACAAAAACAAAUCUUCAAUAUAUGAAUCAGUGUUUGUUCGUCUAUUUGCGCUCAUGUACAUCUGAUACGUAAAUGUUUUGAAUUAUUUCAUUUAUUUAAAUAUUUCCCUUUGAAUUUAACGCGUAAAAUGCCAUCAGGUUAAUAGUCAUGGUGUAUAUAAUUUCUGUCUAUUAAAAAAACCCACAAACUGUACUGUUCUAUGUAUUAUUAUCGUAAAUUAU